AUGCUAACAAUCCUGACAGUGACUUUUGAUGCAGCUGAUUUUAUUGAUGAUGGUGUGCUAUUUCCUGUUGGUUAUAAUAUGCUCUACACUGUCUACGAUGAUGUAGUAUUACAUUCGAUAUUCCAUGGAACAUCAAUUCUAACCUUGCUUGGCAAAGUAUUGUUAUUCUUGACCGCAAAAACACAAUAUUGUAAGCCCCCAGAUAGUGUCGCAGUUCCACAUGGAAGAGAUGAACAAUUUGUAAUUCCUACUGCUGAAGUGGUAGCAAACAUAUUUGGAUUGAGCAAUGGUGUAGCUUUGUUAUUAAAUAUCCAAGUAUGCAAUAUAAAUAUUGCAGGAGAACCAGAAGAGGAUUUAAUCAUUGGUGAUGAUUCGUUAAUUGGAAUAUUCAAGUUUAGUCAAAAAUUUUUAUUAUUUAUAAUUCAUGAUGAACGCUUACCAUUACUAGUUGCUAGAUCGUCAGACCAAACCCACCAGGUACCAUUCGCAGGAAUGGUGAUAGUUGCAGAAUUUGCAUGA